UAUCAGUUAAAAAAAUUGCACUAUUGUGAACUGAAUUGCAUGAAUUGUAAACUGUAUUGGUAUAAAUUUCAAACUUCCCGCCCAUCCGGCCAUAUUUUAUUUAAAAUUUAUAAUUAAGAAGAAAAAGGAAAAGAAAAUGAAAUGAAAUAAAACCAUUCCACACGAUAGUUCCGCACAGUUAACACGCGUUUUAUUUAAUCCGUACUUUUUCGCUUGGUUUAAAAUUCUUUAAUUUCCGAAGUUAUUUAACAGCUCAAGUAAGAGCUAAUUAACAAAAAAGCUUGUUAAAUUUUCAUGGCGCCCGAGCAGGGACAAAUUUAAACUAAUAGUUUGUUCCAAUUUUAAUAAGAUUCGCGCAGUGUUCAAUCUAUACAUAUAUCGCACAUAUAUGUACAUUAAAAAUACAUACAUUCUCGCGUGUGAAUUUUAUUAAAAAACAAUUAAAAAUUUAAAUUUAAAACAAAAAAAAAAUAUAUCAAAUCGGUGGAAUCAUAAAUUCGUGCGUGAGUGCAAAAUUGUGUACAAAAAACCACCCCCAUAAGGAUUCAUUGCUGCAAAUAUCGCCUGCAGAGAACAACAACACCAAAAGGAGCUCCAAAGUCACCCCAAUGUCAGAGGACAAAAGCCCAAGGGAAGUCGACACAGAAACUGAGGUUUAUCUGUCGCCGAGGACUUCCGAAGACGAUCUACUGCGACAACGGGACGAACUUUGUCGGAGCUCAGACGAUCUUGAGGGAAAUUCAAGAGGAGAUAGAGCGAGGAGCAAAAGCUGUUCGACGGUACGCAGCAGAGGAAGGCUUCAACUUCGCCUUGAUACCGCCCAGGGCACCGCAUUUCGGAGGUCUAUGGGAAGCGGCGGUGAAAGCGGCGAAAACGCUGUUACAGCGUACCGUGGGCAACGCACUUCUCACAACAGAAGAGAAGCCCUCACCCCAGCGCAUCUACUAAUCGGCAGCAGCUUACGAUCGCUGCCCCCAGAACCAGUUCCGGAACGGCAAACGGGCUGCUUGAAAAGAUGGCAGCUUCUAUGCUGGCUCAAGCAGCAGUUCUGGCUGAAGUGGUCCAAGGAGUAUCUGCUUGGCCUACAAGCGCGAUCCAAGUGGGUACAGGAGCAGCCCAAUCUCGUCGUCGGCAAACUAGUUCUUAUCCACGAGGACAACUCGCCUCCUCAGCGGUGGAAAACAGGACGAGUUAUAGGGGUCGUCGAAGGGCAGGACGGCAAGGUCAGGGUCGCCGACGUCAAAACAUCAAGUGGUGUACUCAGACGCCCAAUCGUCAAACUGGCCCCACUUCCCGAUGAAGAAUAUUGAAGCCUGCAGCCUUUCAACGUGGCCGGUGUUUCGUUAGUAAAAAAAAAUUUAUAAAAUGAAUUUUAAAUCAUAAAUAUUGAAUUUAACUUAAAAGUAAAAUACAUUUAUAUCAGUUAAAAAAAUUGCACUAUUGUGAACUGAAUUGCAUGAAUUGUAAACUGUAUUGGUAUAAAUUUCAAACUUCCCGCUCAUCCGGC